CGCAGCAACUCCAUAACUCGGUUUCUCGCCAUCACUCCAGUUCGUCACUCCACAAUUUGCCAUGUCUUCAGAACCCAGCGAUGCCGGUGCAGGCGUCCCGCAAUCACAGCGCACCUCAUGGACUCAAUUCGUCAAGGCGAUUGCCUCGUUCUCUGGAGACCUUUAUAACAUGACAGCGCCUCCGUUUAUCCUUUCUCCCGUUUCUCUUACUGAAUAUCCUUCAUAUUGGGGCGAAAGGCCUUCUCUAUUCGCAGCUAUUGCAGAUGCACCUAAUGAAGAGGAACGUCACGUCCGAGUACUGAAAUGGUUCAUCUCCACUCUCAAGGGUCAAUACACGACCCGAAAUGACCAGAUGGGAUCGGAGAAGAAGCCCCUGAAUCCUGCUCUCGGCGAACUUUUCUAUGGCCAUUGGCCCAGCGUUGCUGGAUCAGGGGAGCAGACCUUGGUCGUUGAACAAGUCUCCCAUCACCCGCCAAUCACGGCCUACAUCAUAGAGAACAAAUCGAAAGGACUUGUUCUUCAGGGGCAUAAUGCACAGAAGACCAGCUUCUCUUCAAGCACGCUUAAUGUUAAACAAGUUGGACACGCACUUUUAACCGUAACACUCCCUAGUGGAGCGACGGAGACGCACCUGAUUACCCUCCCUAAACUACGUAUUGAAGGCAUAUGGUAUGGCUCCCCAUAUGUCGAGCUGACAGAAAACUCGUACAUCGCCUCCUCGUCUGGAUACUACUCAAUGAUCGAGUACAAAGGCAAAGGUUACUUCACUGGAAAGUCGCAUUCUUUCAAAGCCUUCGUGUAUCCUCCUUUGCCCAGCCCUGCAUCUGUCGCCGCAUCUGGGGAAUUGCCCACUCCGUCAACAACCCCCAAGUACGUGGCUGAGGGUACAUGGACGGCGACCAGCAAGCUCAAGGAUGGGCGCAUUUUCACGGACGUCACUGGGCCCAGAACAGAGAUCAUCGUCAGUGACAUCAGUGAGCAGGACCCGAUGGAGACCAGGAGGCUCUGGAGUGAGGUCUCCAAGGGUAUUCGGACGGGUGACUUCGAUCUGGCCAGCAGGGAGAAGACCAAGAUUGAGAAUGCUGAGCGUCAGAAACGGAGGGAUGAAGCCGUGGCCGGUACUCCCUGGAAACUUCAGCACUUCGUCCGCAUAGAGAGCGAUCCAGAAUACGCUCGCCUAGGGAAAUUAUUCAAAGCGAAUCCACCAACUGAGGACGCUUGGGUGUGCAUCCGCCCUGAGAGCCAGAUCUUACCUUCUACCGAGCCUGAUGAAGAGAAAAACUAAACCCUGGGUCUCACGUCGUGAACACUCGUAGUCAUUGGAUCUCCACAUUCGUAUUGUGAAUGCCUUGGCUGCGUAUUCACCCCGUACUACGUAGCAUUUUAGAUCCCACAUGUGGGGAUACUAGCGUACAUGGACUAUGCAUCGGAAUAUAUAAUCCAGAGAUGAUUGCUUACUACAACAUAUGGUUAAAGUUCAAGGAAAGCUCGGAAUACAU